AACAAUGCGCUGAAGAACUGAUUGGUUAAGCAACAACAUGGUGAAGAGCAGAUUGGUUAAGUAACAACACGGCGAGGAGCUGAUUGGUUAAGCAACAACACGGCGAGGAGCUGAUUAAUGCAGAAUAAACAUCAUCGUUUACAAGUAUAAAUUUUCGAAUUCUUAGAGGUUCCAUUUUCAAUAUGUUUGCGUAAAUUAAUAUUUACAAAUCAGAGAUUUCACGAAAAGUUCCAUUCAAAGGACACCAUUUGUCAGGGUUAAAGCUUAGCAAGUCACAAUUAAAGUAUACUAAUUAAUAUAUCAAUACUUAGCAGAAAGAAAAUUUGCGCGGAUUAAAUUUUGCGAACGUUCUUCGAGGAUUAUGCGAAUUUAAUCAAUGCGUCAACUGCAAGACGUAAAAAAUCGUUCUGUUACACCCAGACAGUGUUCGUCAUGAAGCAUAUAAAUAUGUGUACAGAGACUAAAAUAAUAUCAAUAUAAUUGUUUUGAAAAUAAAAAGAGACUCGUCUUUGAUGUUUUUUUUUGUCCAAUUUAGAAAUCCGUUUUACAUACGGACGAGACCUGAUUGGAUUUUAUCUGCACUCGGUGAUUUUGUUUGUUUUUUGUUCAGGGUGUUUUCCAUACUCACAAAUUUCUCACGGCGGAUUUUCUUUACUCCUGUAGCAAAUGACAGUGUGGAAUAAACAGUGGGAUAUAAUUUAAAGACAUGUUAUAACUCCAUCGUUUGAAACACUUAUAAAUGUGGGUUCUUUGUUCUGAAUGUACAAAUGACACAUACAUGGAAAAAUUUUUCGCCAUUGUAAGUAAAACAAAAAAUUCUUUCAGAAAUGACUAAAAACUUUUUCAGAACGACUAAACACUUUUUGUAGCAUAUUACUACAUUAUCAGGUAAAAAAUGCGCUAUGGACUAAUUACAAGCUCGUGAGCUUGUAUUAAAACGCAAAUGUGUCCUACAAGAAUGGAAUUUUUUGCCUCUCUGAGCACCGACACGAGAGUAGUCGUGUGUUCGAAUCUCAUCUUGGUAACUAUUUUUACUUUUUUUUUCUUUUUACUAUCUCGCCCGCGAGGACGUGUUUACAGACUGACCUAACGAAAAUUGAAAUUUCGAGAAAUUUUCUAUCAAUAUUAUUGCCUAUCCGAAUAGCAAAAUAUGUCGUGUCAAACUUCAGCUUUUUAUACACUUUUUUGGCGAGGUUGUUUGCGUAUAUCAUACGUCUUGUUUGUGUUACGAAGCGAACCCGUUUACCGCUCGACCACGCUCCACGUUCAACAUAAUUUGUUUAUCACCUACCGGUAUAAAAGCUCGUUAUUUACCGUUAUCUUUUCCAGACAAGGGUGUAAGAGAUAUUAGAAUACAGGAUAGAAUAAUUUUUUUCCGCUUUUUUGCGAGCGUAGACGUCUGUGGAAGCAAAAAUUAACGAAAUUUAAGACAACCUCGUCCCCAGGACUAUUUGCUUCUCAACGGCGCUGCGCUUUCUGAUAGUUCUAGACCGUGGCGUCGAAAAGGCGCUGGCACAGGCUGGUCACGUGGGCAUCAAAUGAACCAGAUUCUGGUUCAUUUUUAAUUUAUGCAAAUUCUGCAUAUUUACGAUUUUGGCGAUAGGCUGGGAAGAUGUGGUACGUGUUUUCAAGCGGCUGAAUAAUGUUUUCGAAAAGUAUGAAAAGUUGCACUUCGGCUUCUACCAUGGAUGUCAGGGUCGGAUCCAGCUGUAGGCGAGAUAGGCUGAAGCCUACAUUGAGAAUUUAUUCAAUUCUUUGUUUUUUUCUGUCAUAAAAACAAUUAUAUUGUUUUCAUUUUUUGACAACCUUAAAGCGAUUUAAGGCAUUUAGAGGGCUCUAAAAGCAGCAUUGGCUUUCAGUAACGUUGGGAGGCUCACGACGCCCUCCAAACCUCCCAAUUUUUUCUGGAUUGAGCCUUAACUGGAGCAAUACAACGCCCUGUUCACUUAUUUAGAAUUACUUAAGCCUACUUUUAAAAAAUCUCUGGAUCCGACCAUGGAUGUACUUCUACGUAAUGUAAGAAAACAAAUAUUAAAACACCACCCAUUCAGUAACCCUUUACGUAAAAAUUUACAUGCUAAACUGUCUUUUCGUUUCCCUUUGCUAAUGAUUCAAAUUUUCCUACCAUAAAAAUAAACGCGGUCCCAGGUUAUUUACAGUACCCUCUCUAAUUACCCAAAUUAACGGACGCUCUAAUUAGCGGGCAAUAUUUUUUUGCACAAAAUUGUGAAUAUAAGUUUUUUCUUUCCAAUUAGCGGACAGCCCAACAAAAGUUCGAAGCCAGGAAACAAAAAUAGAGAAAAAUAAAUAGUUUUAAAAUGUUUAUCUCAAACUAGCUCGCUUUUUACAAGUACAGGAAUCUACAGACCAUAGCCACCUCAACGAUUUAACCCCUUUCUAAUAGAAGUGGUUUCAGCUGAAAACGGUUGACAAAGAUGAUGAAUAUACUCACAUGGAAGAGAAGAUUACCACAUAAGAUGCGCUGACAAUGAAAACUUGAAAAAUCUUAAUAGAGAGGAAAGAGUCUCUUUGUCUGUCUUUGAGAGACAAAGAGAUUUUUCGGGUCAAUAAAAAACAACAGCCUAUUAAAGACUUUUUUGAGUAAAAUAAACAUUAUCCUGCAAAUUUUGCGUUCAUUAGUUGAUAUUUAUUCUCGUUGUAAAAAAAGGUUACAUUAAGUUCAAUUUAGUUUUUUCUUUUCUUUUUCGUGUCUAAGUUCAACCAGGUACCCCUCCAAUUAGCGGACACUUUGCUCUUGCACCGAAAGUGUCCGCUAAUUGGAGAGAAUACUGUAACUAAAAAAUACAAAAUAAUUUUAGAGGAUCUUCUUUGAAAUAAACAAAUAGGAAAAAUAUUUUUAAAAUUUAAAGCUCAUAUGCGCUUGUCUCACUUCCUUUAAAAAAUUGUCCUAUUCCAAACUCUUAAAAUGUGCUAAUUGUCGCUGACAUCCAGCAUGGAUAUUUUUCACGAUUUUUGAGGGGCAUUCUUUGACCCCACAUGGAUUAUUUUCGUGUGCGAGCGUGCUGGGGAAUGUGACUAGCAACUUUUUAUCGCUAUCUGACUGUGUGUGCAAAAGUAAAGUAAACCUCUCUCCCUAAACUCGGAUAGACGUUUAGUAUACACUUCUUAUUUGUAAGCCAUCCCCCAUAUAUUUACAUUAUCGUGCCCUAGACAUAUCACAGACAAAACUAGAGAUCUUGGGGAUUAUCGCUUAGAAAGGAAAGAAUUAAGGAAAAGGUGAAUAGAAAAACAUUUAGUUUAAUAUUAAAAACUGGCGAAAAUAACUUCCGCUCGGUUUUGUUCCCGGAAUUUGCUUUUACUUACAAAUAAAAACAAAUCGUUACAUUAGAAUAAUUUAUUUGACAGUACUGUUUAUCAUAGUUAUCCAGACCAGCGUGACUAUCAUGUAUGAAUCUACAAAUGAAGUUCUGUCACCAGAAAUGUAAACAGAGAAAACGCACGAUGUCUUAUAGCAACUCAGUAGUUCUGUCAAACAAUCUGUAAGGAUUCAAACUUUAGUUGUGAUAAGACGAAUGUAAGGAAAGGUCGCAGAGGAACUAUAUUACUUUGGAAAUGAUACAUGCUUUACACACUACGUCACAAUCUAUUUGGAGAUAUUCUUCUGUUAUAAAUUAUGUACUAAAAAAAUUACAUAUAUACAAAAUAUACAGCACACAACCGCCCUUUUUCAGUGCCCUACGAAUAAAGUUGACAGAAUACAAAGGUGAGUCGAAAAAGAAAAAAAAAACGCUAAAAGUUUAAGUUGGUAAAAAUAUUUGUCAUUUUCACAAAAUACAGUCACGUUUUACUAACUUUUUUAAUGAUAAGUAUUCUAUAUGCGCAUGACGUAAAACUGAAGUAAAAAAUACAAAAUGUAAAAUUAUGACUAGUGAAAUGUAAAAACUAUCUAGAAAGUUGUGUAUUUUUUAAGUGCAUCAGAUAAAAUACUGCCUUCAAAGACAACCACUAUUCUACCAAACCACCACAACAUGAUUGUCAUUGAAGCUCGAAAAAAUUAAUACUUUAGCUAUAUUCUAUAAUUCUAAUUUUUAAAUCUAUUUAAAUUUUACCUAUAUUCAUCUAUAUGUUAUUAUUUAAAUGUAUUGUUCUAUUUAUCCAUAGUAUGGCCACUAAGAGGUUUUAACAAUUUUUUGAAAAAAAGGGUAAUAAUCAACUUUGAAUCAUUUAUUCAAGGAACUCAAAAUAUCCAUGGUUCCUGUUGGAUAAAGGAAUUUUAAUUUUUUUUAUACAGGCCUUUAUUUUUAUUGGUAUUUCUUUUUAACUGACUUUUCAGUUAUGUGUGAGAUUGCGCUGUUUACAAACUAAUUUAAUCUGCUAGAAAUAUUUUAACUUUGGUUCUGGAACGACUUUUUACAACUUUUUAACAUCCUAUUUAACAUCCAACAACAAAAAGUGCUGCGUGUUUCAACAAUCGCAUUUAAUGAUUUUGACGACUAACUAGAUAUGAUUUUGAUGUGAUACUGCAAAUUCAAAAACAUAACGAAAGCUUUAAAAAUGUUAUGAUAACCUAGAAAAUUACUCAACUAGGUUUUGAGUUUUAUUUGUGUGUGUUAUUUCGAAUAAUAGCUAAUAUAUAAGACCUAAUACAUCGUAUUUCGUGUGUUUGUAGCACGACUAUAAAAUGGUGCAGAAACAGACAACUAGUGCUAUUGAUAUAAAAAAGUUACCAAUUGUAUUGUGGGAUGGACUGUGAAGUCGAUUGUACGAUGUAUUGUCGAGUAUCUCCUCAAAUUUGAUUACCUCAAAACUUACUUCGUGCAAAAAAAAAGUUUUAAUAAUAGCUUGAAAAGUUGUCUAGGUAUGUGAAUAUUUUUUUGAACAAUCUUGAUUUUUUCUUAAGAUUUUCAACGUUCCACUAAUUAUGCAUACAUAACAAUAUGAGCUUGAUCUCAGUGUGUUAUUGUUUUUAGCAGUAUUGACAAAGUAUAAGAGUUUAAAGUUUUUUUAGCCAUUCAGUUUGGCAUUUUGAAUAUUCUACAUAAAUUUCAUUACUUAGUUAUUAUAAUUAUGAGCAAGAACACCAUUUGCAUGUUCUAGAGCUAGUUGGUGACGUCAAAAUUUCGAAUAAUUAGCAAAACAAAAUCUCCGAAACAAUUUAAGAUUUUCCAACAGAUAAAAUAAUUCCAGGUUAACUCUCAAAGAUAUCUUUCAUAUGAGCUUAUUUUUUUUAUGGGUAGGCUUUGAGUUGAUUAAUUAUCGCGAAUUUUAGCAAUAUCCGCGAAUAUUCACGAUAUCAGUUAAUUUCCGUCCCUUUUCCCCCAAUGAAAAACACUACAAGUUUUCUAUAUUACGUUUUUAUUGCUUUAUUGAACAUUCCGCGAAUAUAUUUCCAUCACAUUGGAUUUUGCGCUAAUUGCUUUUCUAUCUUCCUCGCCUUUCGUUUUGGGAUGAAAACCUUGCGGCGCCAAUAUUCUAUAUUAUUAUUUUAUAUGUGAGAAAUUAUUGUUAGUUUUCAGGUUUGUGAAAAUUCCUUAUCUCAAAGAAUAGACCAAAAUAAGAAGAAAUUGUUAAAUGCUAAAUUUGCUAAAAUAAUUAUUUGAACAAAUCUAAAAUGAGGCCAUGCGCGAAAAUUAAUCUAAUUCAGAGAAAAUUCAUCUUCGCAAAAAGCAUUUUGUACCUCGCUAAAAUAUGUCUUCGCGAAAAUAAAUCAACUUAAAACUUUUUUUAGAAAAUUUAAAAGUUUCAAGAUUGUGAUUCUGAAAAGGAGUAAUUAUUGGGGUUUAUCUCCUACAUACUUAUAUGUUUAAAAGAAAAUUUGUGACUCCCUUAAAAAACAAUUGAAAAUCCUCCUCAAAAGUCCUCAAUUUGACUAAAAAAGAGGUAUUAAUCCUGUGUCAUAUCAACACAUGUAUUCUAUCGCUAAAAAUAAAAACAAAAAACAUUAGGAGUUCGUCGUAAAAACAAGACGGAGUAAUCUGAGACAUCUUUGGAAAUUUGAUACCUUGUUACAUCUAACAAUAUCACAACAGAUAGUUGUCAAAGUUUUAAAACAUUACUUUAUGAUGGAGUUUAACCAGAAACAAUAAGUUUACUUUGGUACAAGAUGGCGGUCUCACAGCGAACGCUUCACCAUUUUACUUUUGUUUUGCUGUGCGUUUCUGCCAUAUUUGUUAUUGUAGCAACCGCUGCAAAUUAUUGGACUGUAUUAAAAGUUAACAGUGAUUUUCACCAAGGUUUAUGGAGACGAUGCAAUGGGAAAACAUGUUUUGAUGUUGAUGAUGAAAAUUUGCAUGCCACUCGCAUACUAAUGGUGCUAUCAUGUGUUUGCUAUGGAUUCGCUCUUGCAUAUUGUGUACUGGUACAUAUUGUGAAAAAUCUUUCCAUCAAGUUUUUGGCAGCCAUCUUGUUAAUAACAUGUAUAUUUGAAAUUUCUGGCUUAUCAGUGUAUACGGAUAAAAUUGGAUCACAUGCGGAGUACAUAUAUGGUUGGAGUUAUGGACUGGGAUGGUCUAGUACAAUCUUCACUGGUAUCGCAGCAUGCCUGUGUUUGGUUGAAAGUGGUUAUAACAGGUUGUAAAAAUCAAGAUGAAGAAAUAUGUUAAGAAAAUAAAGGAACAAAAAAUUUAUAAUAUUGUUUACAAUAAAAUUGAAAAAUA